AUGGCACACAUCCCAGAAGUUCUGCCUAAGUCGAUACCGAUUCCAGCGUUCAUUGUGACUACCUCGUCGUACGUAUGGUACUACUUCAAUCUGGUGCUAAUUCAGAUUCCCGGUGGUGAAUUCAUAGUUUCUUACAUAAAGAAAUCGCAUCACGACGAUCCAUACAGAACCACGGUCGAGAUAGGGCUUAUUUUGUACGGGAUCAUUUAUUAUUUGUCCAAGCCACAGCAGAAAAAAAGUCUACAGGCACAAAAGCCCAAUCUAUCCCCCCAAGAGAUCGAUGCGCUAAUUGAGGACUGGGAACCGGAGCCACUGGUCGACCCUUCCGCCACUGAUGAGCAAUCGUGGAGGGUUGCCACGACACCGGUGACCAUGGAAAUGCCCAUUCAGAAUCAUAUCACUAUCACCAGAAACAACUUGAAGGAGAAGUAUACCGGCGUUUUCAACUUGGCCUCGAACAACUUCUUGCAAUUAUCUGCUACAGAGCCCGUGAGAGAAGUGGUGACGACCACCAUCAAGAACUACGGUGUGGGCGCCUGUGGGCCCGCCGGGUUCUACGGUAACCAGGACGUUCACUACACAUUGGAAUAUGACCUAGCUCAGUUUUUUGGCACUCAAGGUGCCGUGCUGUACGGGCAAGACUUUUGUGCUGCACCCUCUGUUCUACCUGCUUUCACCAAGCGUGGUGACGUUAUCGUGGCAGAUGAUCAAGUGUCGCUAUCAGUGCAGAAUGCUUUGCAACUAAGCAGAUCCACGGUCUACUACUUCAACCACAACGAUAUGGAUUCGCUAGAAAGUUUGUUGAACGAGUUGACAGAACAAGAAAAAGCUGAGAAACCACCCGCCAUUCCGAGAAAAUUCAUCGUCACCGAAGGUAUCUUCCAUAACUCAGGUGAUCUGGCUCCGCUGCCUGAAUUGACCAAGCUGAAAAACAAGUACAAGUUUAGACUGUUUGUGGACGAAACUUUUUCCAUUGGUGUUCUUGGUGCUACAGGCCGUGGUUUGUCAGAACACUUCAACAUGGAUCGUGCCACCGCCAUCGACAUUACUGUUGGGUCCAUGGCCACAGCAUUGGGCUCCACGGGUGGGUUUGUGCUCGGUGACAGUGUUAUGUGUCUUCACCAGCGCAUUGGCUCCAACGCCUACUGUUUUUCUGCCUGUUUGCCCGCAUAUACUGUCACAUCUGUCUCGAAAGUUUUGAAACUGAUGGACUCGAACCACGACGCUGUACAGGCGCUGCAAAAACUAUCCAAAUCUUUGCAUGGAUUCUUCGCAUCAGACGACUCAUUGCGUCCAUAUGUUGUCAUCACGUCCUCUCCAGUAUCUCCUGUCCUUCAUUUGCAACUGACCCCCGCAUACAGAUCUCGUAAGUUUGGGUACACCUGCGAGCAACUCUUCGAAACUAUGUCAGCCUUGCAAAAAAAGUCCCACACAAACAAAUACAUUGAACCCUACGAAGAAGAGGAAAAAUUCCUGCAAGCUAUAGUUGAUCAUGCCCUUAUCAAUUAUAAUGUACUCAUCACAAGAAAUACCAUUGUUCUGAAACAGGAGACGCUACCAAUCGUCCCUAGCUUGAAAAUCUGCUGUAACGCUGCCAUGUCCCCAGAGGAACUCAAAGACGCUUGCGAAAGUGUCAAGCAAUCCAUCGUUGCCUGUUGCCAAGAAACUAAUAAAUAA